AUGCGCGCCUCUUGGCUCAUCGCUUCUACUCUCGCGGCCUUUGCCGCCGCCGAUGCUAGCUCAACCGUCGUCAGCUACUUCGCCGCCUCAAUCACCGCCGAUGUCGACAUCUCCAAGUACACCAGCAUCGCAGCUUCAGUCUACGCCAUCGACCGCACCGCUACAACAUACGACGUCCGCUGCCAAAGCGGCGUAGCCAAGUCGCUCUGCGCAAUCGACAGCCAGACUCCCUGGAGACUCAUCCAGGGUCCGGAGACAUAUAGCUUCUCGGCCUUCGAGAAGAUCAACACUGACGGCGGUGUUGCCGAUGUUCUCGCCACCGUUGCGUGCUCAUUCACCCACACCUCGCAAUCUGUCUCUUGCGAUCAGAGCAUCUCCUUCGAUGUCUCGUAUAAUGGUGUCUCUACUGCUUAUAGCACCCAUGUACCUAGCACGACUAUUGACGCGGAUUCAGUUAGCUAUGCUCCCCUUACCGUUACUGCUGGUCUGCAGGCUUUCAGUGCUGGUGCUACUGCUACUGCGGCUGUGACUGUUCACUCAGAUGCUGCACAGCCUAUGAUUACUGCUGCGCCUUUGGCUAUGGCUUUUGCUGCUGCCGCUGCUGCUUUGUUCUAG